AGUGAUGACAUGAUGAUAUGUCUGUAAUGGUCAACCCUCCUUCAUAAUGGGCAAUUAAAAAAUUUGCUGGGAUUGAAAUUUUUGAAACAAUAGCCGUCGACGUGUAUCCGGCUAUUUCGCAAAUCGGACCACAAUAUUCAUUCUUUGUUCUAGCCCCGUUUCAUUUGAAUUUGAGAUUUGAGACGUGUAGAUUGUUUUAUUUGAUUGAUUUUUUUUUACUAAAAUCUCAGAUUUUGAUUUCAAUUUAUUUGUGCAUUUAUCGCAGCUUUUAUGUUACAAAUAGAAUUUGAUUUGAACAAAAAGGUUUUCCGAUUGUAAAAGAGUACAUUUAAUCAAAAAAAAAGUUUGUGUGUGUUUUCCAUAAUAGUAAUUUAGCCAUAAAGUGUUUCACUUUACCUCGUGUUUCACCAUUUUUCUUUCUGUCGAUUAGAAGCGACCGCAAUUCAUUCGCCUGUACCACAAACACCAAUUUACAAAAUGGUUCAUGUAACUUUUAAUGAAAAAGUUGAGUGCCAUCAGUACAGCUCCACACAUACAGAAAAUCAACCGGAUGAUGACAAGGAUGAAGCUGCAGAUGCGGGUCCAUCGAACGUAUGUGCGCAAUCGGGUCCAAAAUACACAGCUGAAUUUCUGAAGGGAUUGAGAUACGGUCCUCACACUCAGACGUGCCCGGAUGCUAUAAUAAAUAGCGGAAUUCGUAAACUCGCUACUGACGUUUUCUGGAAUAGAACAGGCAAGAGCGUACCUUCCCGACAACAAUACCCUCAGAAUUAUAGAGGACAGCGCCGCAAUUCUCAUCAACUUACACCAUUUUACUCAACUUACAAUCAACCGAAUAAUGGUGGAAAUCGCGACUGGCUAAAUCAGCCAAUCGAACCGAUUGGUAGUAGCCAUUACACGCGCAGACAUUUUGCAAUGACGGAGUAUCCUGAUAAUUUCCCUUACAACAAAAGUUACAUGUUGUCAGACCUCGGUCAACGUCAGAAUCAAAAAUCAGCGUCUGACUCGAAAAGUUCGAAUGAGGAUGAAGCGCUACCUUUGUGGGUCAGUGAGGGACCAACGUCUCAGACCGAUUAUGUUGAGUUGCAUGGUUUCGAAGGGCCUGACAUGCAGGAACAUCACGAACAUCACAACAGAAACGAUCAACUCGCAUGUGUCGAUUGCAAUGUCAGCGGGGGUCCAACAAGUGGUACCAGCAGCAACAAUGGUUCACCCCCAGCUAAAAGUACACCAGCAAAGGUUACUUUCAACGAUUCUCAACGUACCAAGAGGCCUUAUGCAGGACGACAUCCUAACUGGCAGAAUAAUUCCGACAAUCGUCAAGGUGGUGUUGCUCCACUACUGAACGAAAUAUUCAAGAAUUUCUCUGCUCCUCAGAAUCAAUCGAAUUUAAGAGGCCUAAAUCCGAUUGUAAGCGUGCAAGACGUCGAAUCAACGCUGCUAUACGACAGAUUGAAAUUCCGACAAAUGGUUGCGCAAAUGCAGCAGAACAUGAUUUACCGAAAUCGGGUGUAUGCUCUACACGAACCAAUUCCAAAUGCAUCACAAGUUUUAUCGGAAAUCGAUAAAAUUCUUCGAUCGAGUAACGAUCCAGUCUACAAACGUCCCGAAGUUCGUACGUUAAUCAAGAGCAUCAUUGAAUCUGUGAUUCCUCCAGUAAAUAUCAUGAAUCUUUUGAAAGAUCCGUUAACCGAACCACAAAAUCGCGAAACAAUUCAAGCAGCGCUGAAGGUAAUCACCCAGGCCAAACAGAAUGCAGCCAAGGUGAUGAAAACUCAUACGCCAACUGAAUCGGAGCUCAGGGCUCACAUGGAUGCAAUAUUGCAGGAUGCCAUCAUAAAGAAAAGGAUGGAAAAUUUGAGCAACGAAUUGAUUAAAGGACAAUAUCAGCAGGGUGGAAGAAAUUUACCGAAUCAAUCGUUUCAUCACCUAUUCCGACCGAACGAUGCUGGACGAUUCGAAGGCCAUUCGCAGAGCGAUACACGUGGACAAUGCCAAUCCUUUGAGAAUGGAACAGCUCAAGUACAAGAUAACAAUCUUAAUCGCUGGUUUUCGCCGAAUCUUUUGAACAAAGGACAAUUUCCGCAAAUUCCCAGCGAACAUCUACGCUCUGAAGAGUUAGAAAAUAAAUUUAAGCAAACGUUGAUGGGCAACGAUAAGAAAGUUGAAGAAGUCAAGUAAAGCUUCUUCAAAUACUUCAUUUAAUAAUCAUCUAUUCGCUCAUAUAUUCUCGAUGAAUGCUCCUACGUUUUUUGAUGUUGAUUUGAAGUAGGCACAUGAAUUUAUUAUACAAACGCGUUGCCAUCUCACUUCACCAAUUUUUUUUUUUUAUAAUUUUUCCCAAUUUCCUAUCAUUCCAAGUUCGAAACACGAAUAUUUUGCUAAGGUUUUCUUCAAUGUUUGAACACUCUCUUUUAUUAAUAACAAUUUGGAAUUGAUGUUCAAAUGGUCCAAUGAAUUGGCAUUAUUAGGUAGUAAGCGCUGUAACAAAGUUUAAAUUAAAAAAAAAUCUUUUAGAAAAAGCAA